UUGGACUCUUUGCGCUGGCGUGUUCCUGGAAUUGCGUGGCGGAGACGAGGCGGAUUUCUCUCGCACGGAACGGAACCGCCACGGGCCCAAAGGCACGGUGAUUCCUUCUCCACCAACAUAAAUAGCCAGGACCCCUCCUCGCCUUUCCCCAAUCUCAUCUCGCAUUGUGUUGUUCGGAGCAAGGAGAACCCAGCCCCCCAUCGCUCUCAAUCCCAAUCGAUCUUCUUCUCGUGAGCCUCGUCAAUCCAUCACCCGCUUCUAAGAUGCAGAUCUUUGUUAAGACCCUCACUGGCAAGACCAUCACCCUUGAGGUGGAGUCUUCCGACACUAUCGACAACGUCAAGGCUAAGAUUCAGGACAAGGAGGGCAUCCCCCCAGACCAGCAGCGGCUCAUCUUUGCCGGCAAGCAGCUUGAGGACGGGCGCACGCUUGCUGACUACAAUAUCCAGAAGGAGAGCACCCUCCACUUGGUUCUCCGCCUCAGGGGAGGCAUGCAGAUCUUUGUCAAGACCUUGACUGGCAAGACCAUCACCCUUGAGGUGGAGUCUUCUGACACCAUCGACAACGUCAAGGCUAAGAUUCAGGACAAGGAGGGCAUCCCUCCAGACCAGCAGCGGCUCAUCUUUGCUGGCAAGCAGCUUGAGGACGGUCGCACGCUUGCUGACUACAACAUCCAGAAGGAGAGCACCCUCCAUCUGGUGCUCCGCCUGAGGGGAGGCAUGCAGAUUUUUGUGAAGACCCUCACCGGCAAGACCAUCACACUUGAGGUGGAGUCCUCAGACACCAUUGACAAUGUCAAGGCCAAGAUCCAGGACAAGGAGGGCAUUCCCCCAGACCAGCAGCGUUUGAUCUUUGCCGGCAAGCAGCUGGAGGAUGGGCGCACCCUCGCCGACUACAAUAUCCAGAAGGAAUCCACCCUUCACCUUGUCCUCCGCCUUAGGGGAGGCAUGCAGAUCUUCGUGAAGACCCUCACCGGCAAGACCAUCACCCUUGAGGUGGAGUCCUCGGACACCAUUGACAAUGUCAAGGCCAAGAUCCAGGACAAGGAGGGCAUUCCCCCGGACCAGCAGCGUCUGAUCUUCGCUGGCAAGCAGCUGGAGGAUGGGCGCACCCUUGCCGACUACAAUAUCCAGAAGGAGAGCACCCUCCACCUGGUGCUCCGUCUCCGUGGUGGGCAGUAAGCCAUUGGUCGUCGAAGCUGCUGCUGUGUACCUGCGUUGUCUUUGUGCCUGUGGUCUCUGCCAUGGAGGGUGUCCUCUUUUAAGUAUCUGUGGUUUCUCUUGUAAUUCAGUUUAGUUUCGUGGACGGGUUGUGUCCCAAGUAUUUUACCAGGAACAGUUGGUGCAGCAGUAUGCUUUAUCAAAUAAGUGGUGUUUGAACUUUAAAAAUCUGCGUGCAUGGUGCAGCAGUAUGCUUUAUCAUGAAUAAGUGAUGUUUGAACUUAAAAAUA